UAGUGUGGGUGGGCGGAGCUAGGAGAGGUCAGGGGUAACACGUGGAUGGUGUGUGGAGUGGAGGAUCAGAGAGUGGUUUCUGUGUGUAAGGAAGCUGUAGCUCCAUCAUGUCGUCUAAGAAGCAGCCGAGCUGUGAUGACCGCUUCACCAAGAUCACUAAGGAUCCUCGCUUCUGGGAGAUUCCGGACGUGGAGAAGAAGGUCCGGAUCGAUAAGAGGUUCCAGUCCAUGUUCCAUGACGAGCGCUUCAAGCUGAAGUACACGGUGGAUAAACGCGGCCGGCCGGUCAGCCACACCUCCACCGAGGACCUGAAGCGUUUCUACAAGGUCUCGGACUCGGAGCAGUCCGACGGAGGAGAGGAGGAGCAGGAGGAGCAGGAGGAGCAGGAGGAGCAGGAGGAGAAAGAGAAAGAGAAGAAAAAGAAGACGAAAGGAAAAAAGGGAGUGGAGGAGGAGCAGGAGGCUCAGAAGGAAAAAGAGGAGGAACCUGCACCUAAGAAAACUGUAAAGAAAAGCAAGAAGGCUUUAAAAACCAAAGAGUCUGAAAAAACUGGGAAAACCACGUCAUCAUCAGAGCUGCUUAAAGGAGUGAGAGUGAUAGAAGAAGGAGAGGAAGAUGAGGAGCAGGAAGAGGAGGAUGAAGAUGAAGAAGAAGGUCUCUCAGCAGAAAAUGACAUUGACGAUGAAGAAGAAGAAGACUCUGAAGAGGAUGAUGAUGAAGAUUCUGAAGAUGAAAGUGACAGUGGUCCAGAUCUGGCCAGAGGAAAAGGAAACGUCGAGACCAGCUCAGAGGACGAGGAAGAGGAAGAGAAGGAUGAGGUGGAGGAUUACCUUCGUCGAGAGGAAGAGGAGAUCGAGCACAACUGGGGGGAGAUGUGGAAGGACGCUCCACGCACUGAGGAGAUGAGCCGGAGGCUGGCGGUGUGUAAUAUGGACUGGGAUCGGAUUAAAGCUAAAGACCUUCUGGCUCUCUUCAGCUCCUUCAAACCCAAAGACGGAGUGGUUCUGUCUGUAACGAUCUACCCGUCUGAGUUCGGUAAAGAGAGAAUGAAGGCAGAAGAGACUCAGGGACCGCUGGAGCUCACCAACCUGCCCGACGACCCAGAGGCAGAUACUGAGGAUCAGAGGAUCUACAGGGAGAAGGUGAGAGAUUAUCAGUUUAAGCGUUUGAGGUAUUACUAUGCCGUGGUGGAGUGUGACUCAGUAGAAACAGCCGCCAAGAUCUACGAGGAGUGCGACGGGUUCGAGUACGAGAGCAGCUGCUCCAUGGUGGAUCUACGGUUUAUUCCUGAUGAUGUCACAUUUGAAGAUGAGCCCAGAGAUAAAGCGGUGGAGGUGGACCUGUCCACCUACCAACCCAAACUCUUCACCUCCGCCACGACCACCACCGCCAAGGUGGAGUUAACGUGGGACGAGACGGAUCAUGAUCGAGUCACAGCCCUCAACAAGAAGUUCAAUAAGGAUGAGCUGCUGGAUAUGGACUUCAACGCCUACCUCGCUUCCUCCAGUGAAGAUGAGGCUGAAGAGGAGAAGUUUGAAGAGGAAGCUGUAGUUGAGGAAGAGCCUGAAGAGGUGAAGCCGGAGGAGAGCGUGAAGGAGGAGAAGAAAGAAGGGAAGAAAGGAAAAAAGAAGAAGAAGAAAGAGGAGGAUCAGAUUGCUAAAUACAGAGAACUACUGCAGGGCAUCCAGGAGAAAGACAAGAAGAAGGACCAGGACAUGGAGAUGGAGAUCACCUGGGUGCCAGGGUUGAAGGCGACCGCGGAGAAGCUGGUGAAGAAGAAGCUGGAGGGUAAAGAUAAGCUGACUCCAUGGGAGGAGUUCCUCGAGAAGAAAAAAGAGAAAAAGAAGGAGAAGAGGAAAGAAAAGAAGGAGGAAGUUGCUAUUAGUGAUGAUGAACUUCCUGCUGAUGUUGACCUUGACGACCCGUUCUUCGCUGAAGAGCUGGAUGGAACAUCAAAGAAAACCAAGAAAACGAAGAAAAACAAAAAGGGGGAGGAGCAAAGAACACCAGAGGAGGAGGCGGAGCUAGAGAAGCAGAAGGCUGAAAUGGCUCUUCUGAUGGACGACGGUGACGAGGAGAAGCACCAACACUUCAACUAUGACAAGAUAGUGGAGCAGCAGAACCUGAGCAAGAAGAAGAGGAAGAAGCUGCUGAAGAGCAACACACUGCUGGAGGAGGACAAAUUCCAGGUGGAUGUUCAGGACCCACGCUUCCAGGCCAUGUUCACGUCCCACCUCUACAACCUGGACCCAUCAGACCCCGCCUACAAGAAGACCAAGGCCACCCAGAGCAUCCUGGAGGAGAAGCAGAAGCGCAGGGAGCAGCAGGAGGAGCACGGCCAGAAGGGGGCGCUAAAGAGGCAGAAAACAGCAGAAAAGCCCAACAAAAACUCAGUAGAACAAGAGAACACCACGAGUACCACCCCCAGCACCAGCGGUGGCGGUGGAGAUCCAGCAUCAUCCCAGAAGAAGGAGAUGGACCCCAGUUUGUCGAUGCUCAUCAAGUCUAUAAAGAACAAGACAGAGCAGUUCCAGGCUCGCAAGAAACAGAGGAUAAAAUAGAGCGAAAUAAAGAAGAAAAAGACUUAAUACUUUUAAUACUUUUGGAUGUUUAUUAUUGUAAAAACAGAAUUUUUUGCCUAAAUCUGGAAUCAACCUCCCUAAACUGAAUUCUCAUACGGCUUUUGUAAAUAAUAAAAACGCAGGUCACUGUGGUAAAGAAGCUUCUUCUGCAGAAUUAAAGAGGCAGUUUUAGAGUGCCUGAAUCUUUAUCACAAUGCACUGGUACCAUAUUUUACUUACUAUAAGGUGCAUUGGCUCAUAAGGCGCAAUUUAAGCGACACUAGUAAGGAACAAGGGUGUCACCAUGUUUUCCUUCUAAUUCAGCAGUUUUUCUUUUCAGCCUUAGUAAAAAAAAAAUGUACGAAUUGCAGUUUUGUUUAAAGUCCAAUGAGCGUUGGAUGCACAGAUUUCUCUACUGAAAAUUGUUUAUUUGGGUGAGUAAAGCUCUUCUGUUUAUUUACAGUAAGCUUAGAUUUACAAUAUUUUCAACAGCGCGGUUAGCAGCAGCACUAGCCGCAGUUAGCAGCAGCACUUAGCGCUAGUAAAUGCCACCCAAUAGCGCUACACUCGGGAGCCCUGAGUGAUUCGGUAACCCAGGGCGCUAUCAGCUAACGGUUCAAAAAAACAGCAAUUUCCAGACCUGGAUACAUUUUGGUAAAAUAUAAAUAUUCAGAAAGAUUUGGAAAAGUCAUGGAAAAGUUAUCGAUGGAAAAUCUAUUUUGAGAUAACAAAUACAUCAACUCAACAUCAACUGAACUUAAUUCAGUAAUUUAGCCCUAAACAAUGGAGCUCACAGGAUCUGAUACUCAUUUUAUUAUUAAAAUUUGUCUGUUAACAUUUUAAUCAGAUUCAUUUUAGGCCUACUAUAUUAUAAUCAUUUUAAUUACAGUUUUAGUUGAUUUUUGGUUUUAUUGCCCAUGUCUGCACUGAUGUUUUAAAUAUCGUAUUGUCAUAAAAAGUUGCCUAGAAGGCAAGGAAAAGUCAUUAAAAAAUCAUAAAAAAAUAUAUUGUUUAGAUGCAUAAACCCUGACUAAGGGACACUGUAAAUUUUUGGAAAAAUUAAAGGAUUUAAAGUGCCCCUUACAGUCCGAAAAAUACGGUACCUGUCAGUGAACAACACUACACAAGCGGAAUGAGGACCAUGCAUUGCUAAUCUUUAUUACUGAGCAACAGACCGUGAAAUGAAACAGAGCUAACAGCAUAAUCUUGCUUAUAUAAGCAGUGAUGGUUACGAGUCACUGGAUGCCCUGAAUUGCACUUACUCUCAUGUACUGCAGUUUAUUAACAGUAGGUAUAGGUUGCUCAGAAACAGUUUCUCCCUAUAUAGAGUAGGGAUGAUACUAAUGACCAUUUCUGACGAUUAGUCUAUUAGUCUCCAAUGCAUGUUUUACUACACAUAGACUGUUAAACAUUUAGGGUCCUACACCAAUUGUGCAGUAAAAUUUUUAGCCCAUUUCCCCCCCAAUUUACAAGGGCAAUUACCCAACCCACACAUUAGGACUCCCUCUGUCACUAGUGAUGCCCCAACACACCAGGAGGGUGAAGACUAACACAUGCCACCACCUCUUUUUGAACUGCUGCUGAUGCAGCAUUAACGAGUAGCAUCACAGACGCAGCCUUGUGCUGAUCCACAUCACCCUAGGAGUGAUAAGGGGAAAUAGGGAGCGCCAUCUACUGUUGCUGAUGUAUCAGAACCGAGCUUGUGUAUUGUGCUCUCUCAGGGCUCCAGCAGCUGAUGGCAAGCUGCAUGACUGGGAUUCGAACGGAAUUCUGUGAUCUCCUGAUCAUAGUGGUAGCGCUUAGCUCGCUGGAGCAUUUAGAGCCCAGUACAUUUUGAUAGUUUCACGUAGAUAUAUUAACCUAAAACUUACAAAGUAUAUUAUAGGAGACAUGCUCACAGACUGGAUGUUUUUUUUCAGGAGAUUCUAGGAUACUUAUAUGUCUGAAAAUAUUAACAAUAUAUAUAUAUAUAUAUAUAUAUUGUUAAUAUUAUAGAAUAUAAUAUAUUGUUAAUAAUAUAUAUUGUUAAUAUAUAUACGUAUAUAUGUAUGUGUAUAUAUAUAUAUAUAUAUAUACACAUACAUAUAUACAUACAUAUAUGUAUUCGACUAUUGGUUGCAGCCCUAAUAUAGAGCGACACUGUUGCAGAAGCAGGAUGUUAUGAAAUGUUAUUGUGAUGUCUAAAUCAUGAACACAUUUGAUAUAAGUGAAGGCUGGUUAGUUGAGAAAAAUAUAAUGAAAAUCUGUAUAUAAAAUAUGUGGCCUUAAGUAAAACAAUGAGCACAGAAACAGAAGUAGAAGUGAAUUCAAUAAAAUAAGAACUUUAUUUUUUAGACACACAUUUAUAUAUGACAACAUUUCUCAGUAUAUGAUUAAAGUAUCUGAAUACAGAUACUUCCUAGUGUUCUUUUGUUUUGUAGUAUUGAUGAUUGAUUAUGAGGCGAUGAACGUUUCGCACCACUCAAUCAGAACAGUGUUUCAAAAACUAGUCCAUCAAUUCCUUCAAUACAAACAAAGUAACAGUGGAGAUACCGGGUUUACUUCAUUCAUUACCAUGUAUAAAAAAACACAACAGAGGUGAUAGAGAAUGAUUUCUGAACUAUACAGGAAUUUGCUUAAAAAAGCACCAUGGAAAACACUAGAUCACUAAGUUUAGACGGAGUGUGAAGGUUUUUGAGUGUAAAACACUGUAAAAGCUGCACAUCAGCGCAACCCUUUACACGCUAACAGAUACCACAUUAUCACUGCUGAAACUGGUAAUACAGCUCUGUAAAAAAAAGAGAGCACUUAAAAAUUAUGAGUUUCUUUAAUUUUACCAAAUUGAAAAACUCUGGAAUAUAAUCAAGAGGAAGAUGGAUGAUCACAAACCAUCAAACCAAACUGCUUGAAUUUUUGCACCAGGAGUAAAUAAAAACAGGGUUAUUCCACCAAAUAUUGAUUUCUGAACUCUUAAAACUUUAUGAAUAUGAACUUGUUUUCUUUGCAUUAUUUGAGGUCUGAAAGCUCUGCAUCUUUUUUGUUAUUUCAGACAUUUUUUUAUUUCAUUUUCUGCAAAUAAAUGCUCUAAAUGACAAUAUUUUUGUUUAGAAUUUGGGAGAAACAUUGUCUGUAGUUUAUAGAGUAAAACAACAAUGUUCAUUUUAC